UCGCUAAGCAUGCUGGGAGUGGUCCCGGGUGAAGGACCCGGCUGUCUGGCCACAACAUGGGCAUCAAAGUUGGAGAGUGUGGUUCCCGGCUGGAAAAUCAGUUUCGGUGAAGCUACAUCACGAAGCGUCCCUUUCCGGUGCAUGUUAUAGUCUGCCCGGGAGGGGCUGGGUCUGACGAGCCCAAAGUGAGCAUUGGUUCUUCGAUGUGUCAAUCCUUGCAGCAAUGGUUCAGUAACUACAAUACUCAGAUCAUCUACACUGUGGAUCUUAAUGUGUAGCAUGAUGCUCCAUUUGCCUAUAAUUCAAGAAAGAACCAAUUUGCCAUGAGCCCAAGAGUGAAGUAAGAAUAUCUCCUCUGAGUUGCUCACAGGAGUGUCCAGAUGAUUAACUUUUCUUUUCGGAAGGCAUUGGGACAACUUACAUCCAGAAACUGAUCACAGAGAUUGCAGAUGUUGGAUGUUGAAAAUAAAAAUUUAAAUUGCUGGAAACAACUAACAGCUCCGACAGCAUCUGUGGAGAGAUAAGCAGAGUUGAGCUGGAACAUUAUUAGCUCAUUCUGAGCCCAUCUUCAGCCACGCCAGUUCUAACAACUGUUUGAAAUUCAAUCAUCAUGACUACGACAUUCAGUGAUGAUGGUUCUAAGGCAAUUCAGCGGUCCACAGACGUUUCUGAAAAAAGCAGAAUUUGCUCAAAGGAGAUUGAUAUAGUGUAUGAGAUUGAGAAGACAUGCAGCUUCAUUACAGAUAAUGGCUUUAAAAAGGUGGCUCUCCAAUUUCCUGAUGAACUUCUCAUUGAUGCUACUGCCGUUAUAUUAAAACUGGAGAAAAACACCACUGCCAAACUUUUCAUACUGGGUGACACAUCAUAUGGCAGUUGCUGUGUAGAUGAAGUUGCUGCUGAGCAUCUUGAAGCUGACUGUUUGGUACAUUAUGGAAGAGCAUGUCUCAGUCCAUCCAGAAGGAUCCCAGUGAUGUAUGUGUUUGGACAAAAACCAGUGGAUGUGCAUCAGUGUGCUGCAUCCUUUCGUGUCCUGUAUCCAGACAAGAAUGCUCAUGUUAUAAUUCUCUGUGAUGUCAUCUACUCGUAUAUACUUGAAGAACUACAGCAACUUCUUCAUCCAGAAUAUGAAAAUGUUGUCAUUUCAAUGAUAUGCAGUGGCCAAAAUGAAACAACUGAUCCAUGCAAGACAAAUGGCUUUCAUUGUGGAGGUGAUGUUGAUUCUUGUUCUACCCUCAGAUCCUGCAACAAUAUGUGCAAUCAGCCAAGCCAUCAAGUUAUAUCCAAGUUUGGCCGGCACUUUUUCAUCAGGAGUGACGUGAAAGAUUAUAGCAUGUUCUACAUUGGACAGGAGAGCCUGACGCUGACUAACUAUAUGAUGACAUGGAAUCAAUGUUCAUUUUGCUCAUUUGAUCCAGUGAAAGGGGUAGGGAGACAGGAAACUCUGAAUGUUAACAGGGCAUUAAUGAAGCGAUACUACAUGAUUGAAAGAGCCAAGGAUGCUCAAGUUGUAGGGAUUUUAGUGGGGACUCUUGGUGUUGCUGACUAUCUUUCUAUCAUUGACCAUCUUAAAUCAGUUAUCAAGAAGGCUGGAAAGAAAAGCUACACCUUUGUAAUGGGUAAACUGAAUGCUGCCAAGCUGGCUAAUUUCAUGGAAGUGGAUAUAUAUGUGCUUGUAGCCUGUCCAGAAAAUUCUCUGCUGGAUUCCAGUGAAUUUUAUAGGCCAGUUAUAACACCAUAUGAGAUGGAGGUUGCAUGCAAUCAAGCAAGGGAAUGGACUGGAGAGUACAUUACUGACUUCAGGGACCUACUUCCAGGUGCUUGCUGCCAUUUUGAAUUCCCAGAUGAGACCUUCAAUGGUCAGGAGACUGAUGUCUCGCUAGUUACCGGAGCCUUGCGAACAACACACUUGCUAAAGUCAGAGUGGCAAAACAAAACACCAAGCACAUCACUGAUUCACAGGAAUGAGGCUUUAGCAAUUACCCAGCCUCACUCAGCAGCCUCAUUCUUGGUAUCUAGGAGCUGGCAAGGCCUGGAGCAGCAACUAGGACAGACUUCUGUGUCAAAAGCAGUGGAAGGUCGGAAAGGCAUCGCGAUUGCCUAUGAAGGAGAAGCCACGAGUUGAACAAACUGGAAAUUGGAAAUCAAUUGUGUGAGCAAGUGGGUUGAAAUCAAAAUUACAGGACAAUGGACUGAUGAGAGAGUUAUUAAAGUUUUUUUUUUAAAAAAACUAUGACAUUUUGGAAGUGUUUAUCUAUAUUCUGAUAUUAUAGGCUUUGUAUUUUGUUUCUUUAUGAAUAAUUCCUUUGCUGGCUAUCUCAUAACACGAGUAUUGCUGGACAAGCAAAUCAGUGCUUUGUAGUUUGUUCAUGAGCUGUGCAGUGAGAAAGAUCAGUAUUUUCUGAAUUGAGAAUUCUUUUGCUGAUUGCAAGACGUUGUUGUUUUCAUUAUUAUAAUUACUCAAUCUAAGUGUUCAAAAGUGACAUAGUUGAGCAAGGAAUUUGUUAAUGUCCUAUUUAACAUGGCCAAAAAUGUACAACUAUAGAAUGAGGCAAGCUGUUAUUGUUAUAUCAUUCAUCAAAGGGUAACAUAUAAUUCUAGAACGGUUGAAACAGGGUGCAGUUAUCUGGUAACAGACCAUAUUGGAUCUUGUGAUGUCCAAUAAACACGUGCCAUCUGAAGCUAAUAUAUAUUUUUUGAAAAAGACGACACAGGCUACAAUGGAUGGUUGCUGAAGGUCACCUGACUUCUGUGGAUUAAAAUUACUCCAUUAUCUUGCAGGAAUGAAGGAACAUUCCAAACUAAUAAAUCAGUGCCUUUCCUUGAAAAGACACUAACUGCCUCAAACCCCACAGGGUGAAUGUAUACACAAAAAUGUGAACCAGAUUGUGAAUUGGUGUGCACCCAACAUAUUAUUUGAAACAGGACUUGAACUUGUGGAAAGCCAGGUUUUUGUCUGCUUUUAAAGAAACAGCCAAGAGCUAUUUGCAGUUAAUAUCCAGUUGUUCAGAAAACCAGACCACAAACUAUUUACAUAUCAUUGUGCAGAACCAUGGCAGUUAACAGCAGUACCUUCCAGGUGGGAGAUUCUAACAGAAACAAGUACCCCCCCAAAAUCUGGUCCAACUUUAAGUUUGCCUGAUAGUCAACCUUUCAGAAAAUUAACUACAAGCAAUUGACCACCUAACCUGCUAUGAGCUCUUCAAUUUAUAGUGCCUUCACUUCAAGUUUAAAGCAUCAAAUCUAUUUGACACCGGACCUGGUAGGAAACUGGAGAUUAUAAAUCACGUGGAGUUCACUAAUCUAUGCAAGUGUACUGUCUAUUUAGUUUUGAUCGAGUUCUUGAGUUAAUUUGGGGCAAGUAUCUAAAAAUAAAUUUUUUUAGUUUUAAA